CUUGCUUCCUUGCGCUACCUUCCGAGAUUCCUGCCAUCCGAAAAAAAAAAAUAAAAAAAAUAAUCCAGGAAAACCCCAUUCCUUGUGGAAAAACCUCUCGUUUUUGCAUUCCAGAACACGUAGAGAGAAGAAAAAACCAAUGGAGGUCGAAUCCCUCGAAUAUCGCUUGAGCUGCCAGCUUCGAGCUCACGAAGACGAUGCUCGUGGAAUUUGUAUAUGUGGUGAUGCUGGGAUAGCAACCUCCUCAAGAGACAGGACUGUCAGGUUUUGGUCUCCGAACCCUGAGAAAAAACACAGAUAUGUGUUAUCAAAAACAAUGGUGGGGCAUUCCAGUUUCGUGGGGCCUUUGGCUUGGAUUGCACCCAGUGAAAGAUUCCCAGAAGGUGGGAUUGUGUCUGGUGGGAUGGACACACUUGUUUUGCUGUGGGAUUUGCAAACUGGGCAGAAUGUGCUAACAAUGAAGGGUCACCAACUCCAGGUUACUGGCCUCACCAUAGAUGACAAUGGGAACAUCGUGUCAUCAUCAGUAGACUGCAAUAUAAGGCGGUGGAAGGAAGGUCAACCUAUUGAGUUUUGGGAAGCUCAUAAGGCAGCCAUCCAAACAGUUAUAAAGCUACCCACGGGCGAGCUUGUUACUGGUUCAAGUGACGGAACUCUAAAGCUAUGGAAAGGGAGGACUUGUCUACACACUUUUGCUGGGCAUACAGAUACUGUUCGUGGUUUAGCAGUGAUGCCUGCAUUAGGGAUUUUAUCCGCAUCACACGAUGGUUCCAUCAGGUUAUGGGCAAUAAGUGGCCAAGUGUUGAUGGAGAUGGUUGGUCAUACGUCUAUUGUCUAUUCUGUGGAUGCACACUCAUCUGGACUUAUUGCUAGUGGCAGUGAAGAUUGUUCGGCCAAGAUAUGGAAAGAUGGAGUUUGCAUUCAAAGCAUCGAGCACCCUGGUUGUGUUUGGGACACCAAGUUCUUGGAAAAUGGAGACAUCGUAACAGCAUGUUCUGAUGGAGUCGUACGGAUCUGGACAGCACAUAAAGAUCGGAUUGCCGAGCCACAAGAACUUGAGGCAUAUGAUUUCCAACUUUCUGAAUACAAGUGCAGCAGGAAAAAAGUUGGUGGGUUGAAGUUGGAGGACUUGCCUGGGCUGGAAGCUCUGCAAAUUCCAGGAACUAGUGAUGGGCAGACAAAAGUUGUGAGAGAAGGGGAUAAUGGCAUGGCUUACUCAUGGAAUGCAAGAGAUCAGACGUGGGAUAAAAUUGGUGAGGUUGUGGAUGGGCCGGAAGAUAAUAUGAAUCGUGCGGUUCUUGAUGGUGUUCAAUAUGAUUAUGUAUUUGAUGUUGACAUUGGAGAUGGUGAGCCUAUUCGCAAAUUACCAUACAAUCGAGCAGAUAAUCCUUAUGAUACUGCUGACAAGUGGCUUCUCAAGGAGAAUCUUCCACUUUCUUAUCGCCAACAAAUUGUAGAGUUUAUACUGCAAAAUUCUGGGCAGAAGGACUUUGCUCUUGAUACGUCAUUCCGUGAUCCUUACACUGGUGCUAAUGCUUAUAUACCAGGACAGCCAUCUAACCUGUCAGGUGUUUCAACAAAACCUACUUUCAAGCAUAUACCCAAGAAAGGGAUGCUUUUCUUUGAUGUGGCUCAGUAUGACGGGAUUCUCAAAAAGAUCACAGAGUUCAACAAUGCACUAUCAUCUAACACGGGGCAGAAUAAUCUGUCAUUGACAGAGCUUGAGAUAUCAAGGUUAACUGCCAUCACUAAGGUACUAAAAGACACAUCACACUACCAUUGCAGCAGAUUUGCAGAUAUUGACGUUGCUUUGUUGGUGAAAUUGUUAAAAUUGUGGCCCCCCACAAUGAUGUUUCCAGCAAUUGAUAUCCUAAGAAUGAUCAUCUUGCAUCCUGAUGGCGCAAGUUUACUUCUCAACUACAUUGAAGAUGGAAAUGAUAUAUUAAUGGAGACACUCAAGAAAUCUACUCUAUCACCUGCAUUACCAGCAAAUCUCUUAACUAGUGUGCGAGUGGUGACAAAUCUCUUCAAGAAUUCAUGCUUCCAUCAAUGGCUACAAUUGCACCGAAGUGAGGUUCUUGAUUCAUUAUCUAGUUGUUCUUCAUCUUCCAAUAAGAAUGUGAAUUUGUCUUAUUCGACAUUACUACUCAAUUAUGUGGUGCUGUUGAUUGAGAAAAAGGAUCAAGAAGGCCAAGCUCAAGUUCUCUCAGCGGCUCUCGAAAUUGCAGAAGAGGGAAAUCAAGAUGCUGAUUCAAAAUUCCGGGCUCUUGUUGCCAUCGGGUCUCUUAUGCUAGAGGGCCUCGUGAAAAGCAUAGCUAUAGACUUUGACGUUCAUAGCAUUGCCAAAGCUGCGAAAGCUUCAAUCGAAGCGAAGAUUGCUGAAGUGGGAGCCGACAUUGAACUUGUCAUCAAAGCUAACUAACUUGCUUAAUCCACCAGGUGAGUUGGUAUGGAUUUUAGGGCAU